AGAAAAUCGUUUUUUUUUUUUUCUUUAUUUACAAAUUAGAAAAAUGAAGAAAAGAAACGAAUAAGUGCGUACAUGAGAAAAAGUGGCAUGUUAUUGACUAGAUUUCAUGGAAAACCCAACAAAUUUCAUACAAAUUAAAAAGAAGUAGAAAAACAAAAAAAAGCGAGUGCAAAUCUUUUAGGUGCAAUUGAAUGUCACAAGAAAACGUGGCGUGUGUUGCCUAUUUUCGCAUAUUGGUUAAUGUUGAUUGACUGCGAAGAAAAUAUGCUGAAUACAAAUAAAUAGAAAUCGUUUGCCACAUAAUUAAAAGGAGAAAGGAAUCUUCUUAAAUGCAAUUCUUAUAUCAUUUCAUGCAUAAAUAAAAAUAAGAAUUAUACCUUGUGCCCAUUUAUACGUCAAUGUAUCAUUUUUAGCAUAUAAAACGGUAUCAUAUGGAAGCUGUUUACAUAAAAUGAUAUUUUUCUAACAUUAACAAGAACACAAACGAUUGCUAAUUAAGAAUAAAAAUCGAAAGAAAAGUGUCCAGUUGAUAAGAGUAUAAAUAGAGCACAACUCCUUCAUAUCGAAAACACUAAUUUACAAGUAUCUAUGGCGGUAAAGGAUUUCAUCAACAACACCGAAAAUAAUUGAAUUCAUUUGCUUUAAAGAAAAGAAUCAAACUGCAUCCAUCCAUAUCCGGUAUUGUGUCGAAUGUCGACAAAGUAGAGGAAAAACUGUAUUAUUAGAAAUAAUUAUCCCAGUGUCCAGCUUAAUUUAAACGCUUCAAGGAUUAAAGGAAAAACAACCAUCCAUUCAUCACACAUCACAUUAAAAGUUUUUGAUAUCUGCUACUAUUCGUAUACUAGAGGUACUAUUUACAUCAAUACAUCACACAAUUAGUAGUAGCCGCUACUGUACACGUCAAUCAAGGCAACAAGAACAAUCGUUUCAAUUUUUAAAGUCCGAAAACGUGUUGACGAAAUGUUUAUCGAAGAUGAUGCACAAAUGGACAGCUUUUGGAUUCAAGGAGCAAUUGGUGCCAUUAAGGCCAUUGCCUUUGUUUGUGAUAUAAUUACGUUGCCGGUGUAUUUGGUUUUACAAAGACCGUGGAAACAAAGACAAGAAUCCAAACGUGUUAAGGCCAAAGUUGUAACAAAAGAUAGUACGGCUGUUACGUAUCGCACAAUUGAACCGCCACGCGAUGUCCACAUUAAGAUGCUACAAGCGAAUAUUGAUACGCUUGAAAAGAUGUUUAAUUAUGUGACGCGAACGCAUUCGACAAAACGAUGUUUAGGCACUCGGCAAAUCUUAAGCGAGGAAGACGAGUUGCAACCGAACGGACGUGUCUUCAAAAAGUACAAUAUGGGCGAUUACAAGUGGAAAAAUUUUAUUGAAGUUGAACGUAUGGCGUCGGCGUUCGGUCGUGGUUUACGUGAGUGCGGUCAACAGCCUCGCCGGAAUGUUGUUGUGUUUGCUGAAACACGAGCGGAAUGGAUGAUCGCUGCUCACGGCUGUUUCAAACAAUCCAUGUCUAUUGUCACCGUGUAUGCGACGCUGGGCGAUGAAGGUGUAGCCCAUUGCAUUGGUGAGACGGAAGUGACAACAGUAAUCACCUCACACGAUCUUUUGCCAAAAUUUAAGGUGUUAUUAAACAAAUGCCCGUUGGUGAAUACCAUUAUUUUCAUGGAGGACCAAUUACACAAAACUGAAACGACGGGCUUUAAAGAAGGUGUCAAAAUAUUACCAUUUUCGCAAGUAAUGCGUAUGGGUCAGGAGAGUAAAUUUGAGAGUGUUCCUCCGAAAGCAGAAGACAUUGCUAUUAUUAUGUACACCUCGGGUUCGACGGGUACACCGAAGGGUGUAUUAUUGUCACAUAGAAAUUGUAUAGCUACAAUGAAAGGUUUUUGCGAUGUCGUGCCUAUAUAUCCCGACGAUUUGUUAAUUGGUUUCCUUCCUUUGGCUCACGUUUUUGAAUUGUUGGCCGAAAGUGUUUGCCUAAUGACCGGAGUUGCCAUCGGUUAUUCGACUCCGCUUACACUGAUCGAUAGUAGUAGUAAAAUAAUGAAAGGCUCUAAAGGCGACGCCACGGUUUUAAAACCCACUUGCAUGACCACAGUGCCGCUUAUAUUGGAUCGAAUUUCGAAAGGCAUAAACGACAAAGUGAAUGCUGGAUCACCUUUUAAAAAGGCUUUAUUUCAAUUUCUUUAUCAAUAUAAAAUCAAAUGGAUUCAAAGGGGCUAUCAUACACCCCUUGUCGAUAAAUUAAUUUUCAAAAAAAUUGCGAAAUUAAUGGGUGGCCGCGCGCGUCUUAUGAUGUCUGGCGGCGCUCCUUUGUCGCCUGAUACUCACGAGCAAAUAAAAGUAUGUUUAUGCGUGGACUUAAUACAAGGCUACGGUUUAACGGAAACAACAUCAGCAGCUACGGUCAUGGAUUACCGUGAUAUGCAAUAUGGUCGCACCGGUGCUCCUUUGACGAUUUGUGAUGUACGUUUGGUGAAUUGGGAAGAAGGCAACUAUCGUGUUACCAAUAAACCGUAUCCUCAGGGAGAGGUUCUGAUAGGAGGUGAAUGUGUCUCCAUGGGCUAUUAUAGGUUGCCUAGUAAAACGGCUGAAGACUUUUUUGAAGAAGAUGGAAAGCGUUGGUUUAAAACCGGAGAUAUAGGAGAAAUGCAUCCUGAUGGUGUACUUAAAAUUAUUGAUCGUAAAAAAGAUUUAGUUAAAUUACAAGCCGGUGAAUAUGUGUCCUUAGGUAAAGUGGAGUCCGAAUUGAAAACUUGCACGUUAGUGGAAAAUAUUUGUGUAUAUGGUGAUCCGACGAAACAGUAUACAGUGGCGCUGGUGGUACCAAAUCAAAAGCAUUUAGAAGAAUUGGCUCAACGGAAUGGGUUAGAUAGUAAAUCGUUUGAGGAUUUGUGUUCGAAUCCUUUAAUGGAGAAAACUGUUAUCAAAGAGAUUGCGGAACAUGCGAAGAAGUGUAAAUUACAAAAAUAUGAAGUACCCGCCGCUAUAACUUUGUGCAAGGAAGUUUGGUCGCCGGAUAUGGGCCUAGUUACUGCGGCCUUUAAAUUGAAACGCAAAGAUAUCCAAGAUAAAUACCAGCAUGAUAUUAAUCGAAUGUACGCUUCAUGAAAGUGAUUGUAUUAGUUCAAUAGUACUAUUUCUUAAGUACAACUCUAAAAAUCAACAACAACAAUAAUAAUAAUAAUAAUAAUAAUAGUAAUGAUAAUAAUAAUA